AAGGACUCUCCUAAUCUGUCCCUAUAUAUAGUCUAGCGUGAGAGCACAAGUUCAAACAACUUUCUGCUUUAAAACCCCUUUUCUCUCUUGCCUGCUCCAGCCCUAACAUUACCAUUGGAUCCAAUUCUAGUUGAAUUUGAUCUGGUGGUCUUUAGGAUCUGAAUAGACUCUAGAGAAGGCCAAGGACUUCUUCACAUAGUAAGAAGGCUUAAUCGAUCAGGAGUGACAACAUGGAUAAGGUGUUGAGAUUGGCCUCUGAGCAGGGGGUAGUGAUAUUCAUCAAGAGCACAUGUUGCUUGUGUUAUGCAGUCAAAAUCCUGUUCCAAGAAAUUGGGGUGGACCCUCUGGUUCAUGAGAUUGACCAAGACCCUGAAGGCAGGGAAAUGGAAAAGGCUCUCACAAGGAUGGGGUGUAGCGCGCCUGUACCGGCUGUAUUCGUUGGUGGAAAGCUGCUGGGAUCCACCAAUGAAGUCAUGUCCCUCCACCUCAGUGGCUCACUCAAUCAAAUGCUCAAACCCUACCAGUCUCAAACUUAAUUUAAUUACUGCUUCAGUAUCAAGUUGGAAGAAUAAAAAUUGGCUCGAUUUAGUAGUAUAGCUAGUGCGCUGUAUGCUUAGUAGUCUAUGUAGACGUUGUUUGUGUUAAGUGCUUCGUAGCUUUGAUUAGCUUGUGUGCAAUAUGUUCCCUUAUGUCAAUGGAGUUAGCUUUGUAUAA